ACGUACACGCACCGUCCCCUUCCUGGGCUCCUCUUCGUCUUGCUGCUGCAGCUUUCCUUCUUCUCCACCCCCUCGGAUCUCCAGGAGUCGAUCGAUUCUCUUCUCCUUCUCCCCCAACUCUCCACCUUCCACACCCUUCGGCGACACGCCGACGCAGACAGCCACCGCACGCGGCGGCGACGACAGCAACACCGGCCACCAUGGGCGCGUCCACCUCCACCAGCAACCCGUCACUGGAGGCGCAGGAGCAGGAGACCCUCGCGUCGGCCUCCCUCGCCCUCCCGCUUCUCCGCGCCGCCUUCUCCCGCUCGAACGGUUCGCUGGCGGAGGCGCUGUCCCCGCCGCCCGCCGCCUUCCGAUCCGACUCGCCGCCGGUGCCCCCGCGCUUCCACGACCUCGUCGCCCGCCUCGGCCCCGCCAUCGCCUCUCUCUUCUUCUCCGACGUCGGCCCCGCGGGGGACGCGGCCGGCUGGCUCGGGUUCCUCAGGGGAUUCAACCGCUGCUGCGCGCGCGUUCCGGCGUCGCAGUCGCUGGCGCUGCUCCUCCGCGUGUACGCCGCGGCCUGCGCCGACGCGGGUGCUCCCUGCGGCCUUCAGUUCCACCCGGACGAGGACGGCGCCGGUGGCGAGGGGAAGGUCGUGGGGGAGCUGGCGCCGGGGGAGAUCGCCGUGUUGCUCUGGAUGUGCUGGGUCAUGGCGUGGAGCGGUUCGGCUCCCGGGGUUUCGGGUGGUCAGGAGGGAGGCGGCAAGGGGGAACCCGUGUUGCUCCCGGACGUGACGCACCUGGUGCUGUCGGCGCUCGUGUCGGCGGGCGCCGUCGCGGAUGACGCUGGUGUUUGGGGAUGGGAGGUUUCCCGUGGUGGGAAGGGGGUGAAGGUCCAGGAGUUCACGUCUUGGGUGCUGUCCACGGCUGCUGGGCUUGGCAACUGCCUCUCGCGGUAUGUGCAGGAAAGGUUCCGGUCGUGCGCAGCUGAUCCAGUAGAGGAACGUUCUGUUUCAACUGGUAACACGUCAUCUUGUAACCCUGACGUAUAUUUGUUAACACGUGGGAGGGCAUGGGCAAUCUCUCUCAGCCUCAGAAACACAUUGAGUGAAAAGUUUUUAUCAGCAUCUGUCAUUGGAAUGGAUACAGAAGACCUUCUUUAUAGGUCGUCAGUUCAUGGAAAAGGGCUGAGCCGGUUUUGGUCUUGUGUUGAGGGAUAUAAAGGACCAGUGCUAAUUUUACUCUCAGCUUUCUCUCGUAGUGGUGGUGACAAUGUUGAUACUGAUCAAAGAUGGGGCAUUGGUAUAUUAACCGAGGAGGGUUUACAGAACAAAGACACCUUCUAUGGUAGCUCUGCUUCCCUGUGCUCCACAUAUCCAAUAUUCCGCAUGCUCCCACCAUCUGGUAAGGAGAAGAAUUUCAUAUAUUGCCACCUACAUCCUCAGAUAAGGGUGUACGAGGCAAAGCCAAAGCCUGUUGGUUUAGGAUUUGGUGGAACGAUUGGAAAUGAGAGAAUCUUUUUAGAUGAGGACUUCUCUAAACUUACAGUUCGCCAUCAUGCUGUUGAUAAGACUUACCAACAUGGCUCCCUCAUUCCCAACCAGGGUUAUUUACCUGUUGAGGCUUCAGUACUUGAUGUUGAAGUAUGGGGCCUUGGUGGAGAAGCAACGAGACGGCAACAGGAUAUGUACAAGAAGAGGGAGGAUAUUUUCUCAGAGCAGCGAAGAAAAGUUGAUCUCAAAACAUUUGGCAAUUGGGAGGACUCUCCAGAGAAAAUGAUGAUGGACAUGAUUUCUGAUCCAAAUGCAGUUCGACGGGAGGACCGUUGAAUACAAUUUUGGACUAUAUGUUUAUUAUAGCUCAUUAUCUAAAAAAUGUUUAUUAUAGCUGCCUUAGUGCCAGUACAUAUCUGGACAUGGGAAAUGGACGAUCUUGAGGUUUCAUCUUUCUUGUACCUUGGAGAUAUAUAGAGGAGUAGGUGCACAUAUUUGCUCCAUUUGAUGUUUGGGCCAUUUGACUGGGCAACACGUCAUGUAAGUAUUGAAUUGAAAAGAGUCUUGUAUACAGAAUAUCGGUCUACAACGGCAUAGAGCUUCCUUUCUCAUGCUCCCCUUGUUUUAUGGGAAUCGAUAGCAAACAAAUUUGUAUCUGUAUUGUAAAUUGUAGAUUAUUCCCGUGUCCAGACUAUCACACAGACAUGGUAAUUUCCGAUUAUCUCACAUCGGUUUGCAAA